GUUUAGGUCGAUAAGCCUUUUCCUUUUAAUCAGUUAUAUAGUAGUUAUAUAGUAAUUUGGUUAAGAGAAGAAUCAGAUCGCCGUAUCUGGUUAUAAGUGUCAUAUAUACAGCGACAUAUAUAUGUACUUCCUGACUCGGGGGAUCAAAUUCACGAAUAUUAUCACUUGUGAAACAAAUGGAAAAACUAUUUCUGAGUGUUUUUCUUCUUUACACAUCCGACGGUCUAGAGGCUUUGAAGGACAAAUCUCAAGACGAAGACGAAUCUGAAGAAGAUACACCAAAACCCACAAAACGGGCAUCUGACAAAUCAGAAGAAACAUCCUCAAGCAUUACGUCAACUUUAUCAUCAGAGAUUUCUUCAAAACCCUCUGAGAAAGCUUUGGAUGAGAAUGAAGCGUCACAAGCUUUAUCAAUUUCUGUUCCAAUCGUGAUCUGUGUGUUAGCGAUAGUUGUAAUCAUUGCAGUAUUGUUAUUGAGACAGAAACGGAAAAGGUCUGCAUCUACUCUAGUUUACAGGAACACCCAUAUUGGAUCUUCUAUCUCAGGACAAACUUUAGACCGGCAAUCACCUACAAGAACUUCUGAUUAUGCCGUUAUUCCACCAGAAAGUGUACUUAACAAGGAAGCUUUAGGUAAUGAGUACCAGUAUAUAGAUAUUCUCCCGGAAGACCAGACAAAGAACAGCAAUUCCUACGAUCAUAUUAAACAAGCUGAAUCCCACGCCGUUGACAGAAACUAUUCACACUUAACUGAAUCCAAAAGAGGCGAACAGUUCGUUAAUGACCACGCAUAUGCGCACACAGGAACGGAUUCUGAACCAAAGGAAUGGAAGGGCAAUUCAGAUGAAUGUGACGCUUCUUAUGACAUGUUACACACUAUGGGAACGCCAAGUGCCGGACAAAAAUCGAUAGAAAACGAACAAAAGGAAAAGAAUAAACCUGAUCUUCAGUACAACCAUGGUGUAUCUGGGAGACCCGCCUCCAAGAAUGAAACAGAUAAUUACUCUCAUCUAAAUAAUUCUAGGCAAACACCACAAAGCUUUACACAAAACGAGGGACAUAGAUACAAUGAAAAUGUCAGUGGAACGAAAGACCCUCAUGUUCAACCGUAUCAGUAUGGAAAAGAACCUUUAAGUCAACAAUAUGAGCUUGAUAACCCAAACAGCGGAUCAGUGAAGUUUGACAAAGAAUGUGAUGGUAAUCAGGACAAUGAAAAUAAUGAUGGCACUUUACAUAACUACUUUAUCCUACAACCGGAAGACUAAUGCACAGACCAUAAAACGUCAUUUAACAUAGGUGUAGGCAUCACCCAGAACCAAAAGAAAGACUCCAUAGCAGAGAAACAGAGACAAAGCAAAACUGUCAUUAAAGACAAAUGUUCAAACAUAUCAUUUCAUCAGUAAAAAGAUUGUCAAUUUCACUAUAUUUUAUCAUAAAUUGUUACGUGUAUACUACAAAAAUAUAGAAGUGGAAACUCCACAGGUCGCGCUCAACACGACAAAAGUCUGUUGAAGUUAAGUCAUCUAUCCUUUUUACUUGUUCUGUAUUUAUUUUAACAGAAUUUUAUAUGCUAAAAUGAUUUUAAUAAUAACAUGUUAAUUAACUAUGAAAUCUCAUAUAGGGUAAAUUGCAUAAUUAUUAACAACAUUCAUAUAUUUAGGCAAUACUUUCCAGAUGUAAAACUAACAUUUAUUCGCAAAUAUUGUUAAGGGUCAUGCCUUUAUAUGUACUUCAAGAUAUCAAAUUUGUCUAAGUCAGCAGUAACGUCUAGCAAAUAUAAAAACUUGCUUAUAUUCCUUAUAAUUAUUUACAACAAUACGAACACAGUAAACUGAUGUUGUACAUUUUUACAUACUUUACCGGCUAUCCGACUGUCUUACCUUUAAAAGUAAAUGACGUAUUGUACUUACCAACAUA